AUGUCCCGAGAUCAAGCCGCAGCUGGAUGCACUGCACUAGUUCUAGUCUGUUCGCUCAACGUGAACUUUUUGAUCCUUGCCUGUGUGGCCGCCAUGGCCGUUGCCGCCCCUCAGUACAGCUAUGGCGCUCCUCGUGCUGCAUCCAGUGAGGAAGUCGAGUUCGUGCCAAUCCUCAAGGACGACCGUGUCCACGAGGAAGAUGGAACUUACAACUUCGACUUCGAAGCUGCCAACGGCAUCAGCUUCUCGCAGGCUGGAUCCCCCGACGGUGAUGAGGACGCUGUGAUCAAGGCUGGAGAAUACUCGUACACUGCUCCCGAUGGCACUGAAAUCCAUGUCCGCUUCGUGGCUGACGAGAACGGCUUCCAGCCUCAGGGCGCUCACCUGCCAGUGGCUCCUGAGUUCCCCCACCCAAUCCCUCAGUUCGUCCUCGACCAGAUCGCCUUCGCCGCUGAGGAGGACCGCAAACGCGCCCGCAGCGGCGACUCCGACGAAGUUUCCGCUCCUUCCAGACUCACUAAGCAGGGAUUUUUCUUACCGUAUUUCAAGUUGAUCCUUGCCUGUGUGGCCGCCAUGGCCGUUGCCGCCCCUCAGUACAGCUAUGGCGCUCCUCGUGCUACAUCCAGCGAGGAAGUCGAGUUCGUGCCAAUCCUCAAGGACGACCGUGUCCACGAGGAAGAUGGAACUUACAACUUCGACUUCGAAGCUGCCAACGGCAUCAGCUACUCCCAGUCUGGGUUCCCUGACGGCGAGAACACUACUCCUUGGGGCACUGGCAUCAACCUUAUCUUCGUGGCAAACGUGAACGGCUUCCAGCCUCAGGAUGCCCACCUCCCAGUGGAUUCAGAGUUUUCCCACCCAAACCCUCAGUUCGUCCUCGACCAGAUCGCCCCUCGCCCCUGA